CGGCUUCUUUGGAUAAAAUCUUUCCGAGGUUUUGGUUUGUAAUGAUCGUUUUGGCAUCUAGCAUCCGCUUCUUAAUUUUUCCUUCCUGACGUUCCCUGUUUUUCCUAUUAUGUUGCUGCAAUCUGGACUUAUAUUACGUGGUCGCUUCUUUAAUCAGUUUUGUUUUUUUAGUUAAGUAAUGAAAUAAAUUCAGACCAGGGUGGGUCGUGUGCAAUUGAAUUUGGCUUAGGUGAGUGAAAUGGUUUGUUUUCUCAAGCAGAUCCAAGAUACGACGGUUAUUUGCACAACAGUGGGUAUUGUCUUUCAGUUGGUGGUUGUUUUUGCCUGAUAAACGAAGAUGCUCUUGGCUGUUUCACCUGACAAUCAGAGUGAAGUUGUGCUUGCUGCAUCUAUAGUGAGCAAGUCUGGUAAAGUUCUUGUGUCCAGGCAGUUUGUGGAUAUGUCUCGCAUUAGAAUUGAAGGUCUUCUUGCUGCUUUCCCAAAGUUGGUGGGCACAGGAAUGCAACAUACAUAUGUUGAGACUGAGAAUGUCCGCUAUGUUUACCAGCCAAUAGAAGCUUUGUACUUGUUACUUGUAACAAACAAGCAAAGCAACAUUCUUGAAGAUUUGGAGACUCUAAGGCUACUUUCAAAGCUUGUACCUGAGUAUUCCAUGUCUUUAGAUGAAGAAGGCAUUUGCAAGACUGCUUUUGAGCUGAUAUUUGCUUUUGAUGAAGUCAUUUCCCUGGGGCACAAGGAGAAUGUGACUGUUGCCCAGGUUAAGCAAUACUGUGAGAUGGAGAGUCAUGAAGAGAAGUUGCACAAACUGGUAAUGCAGAGCAAGAUCAAUGAAACAAAGGAUGUUAUGAAGCGCAAAGCCAGUGAGAUUGACAAAAGCAAGAUUGAGAAGAAUAGAAGUGAUAAAGGAGGAUUUAUGUCCUUGCAAGCAAUGGGGUCUGGAAGAAUAGAAAGUAGCUUUAGUGAUAUGAGCAUUUCUAGUGGAGGUGGUGGCUUUGGUAGUGGUUCUGGGAUUGCAAUCAGCAAUGAAGUUGACUCCUUCUCUGCCAAAUCUAAAGGUCGUCCUCCAUCAUCUGCUACUGCUCCUCCUAAAGGUCUUGGCAUGAAGCUUGGUAAAUCUCAAAGGACAAACCAGUUCUUGGAGUCUCUGAAAGCAGAAGGUGAAGUUAUUUAUGAAGAUGUGCAGCCAAAAGCUGGUGUGUCGAAAUCUGCAGCUCUACCACCAACUGAUCCCAUCACUUUAACUGUUGAGGAGAAGCUCAUUGUAACACUAAAAAGAGACGGUGGAGUCAGUGACUUUGAUGUUCAAGGGACCCUGUCACUUCAAAUUCUUAGCCACGAAGAUGGGUUUAUCCAAGUUCAGAUUGAAUCUGGGGAAAAUCCAGGCAUCAUUUUCAAGACCCAUCCCAACGUGAACAAAGAAUUAUUUGCAAAUGAAAAUAUUCUAGGCUUAAAGGACCCUAACAGGUCUUUUCCUACUGGUCAAUCCGGUGAUGCAGCAGGAGUUGGCCUUUUGAAAUGGAGAAUGCAAAGCGUUGAUGAGUCAAUGGUUCCGAUAACUAUCAACUGCUGGCCCUCUGUUUCUGGAAAUGAGACGUAUGUAAGCAUCGAAUAUGAAGCUUCAUCAGCAUUUGAUUUACGAAAUGUUGUGAUUUCAGUACCUCUUCCAGCUCUUCGAGAGGCACCAAAUGUCAGACAAAUCGAUGGGGAAUGGAGGUAUGACUCCAGAAAUUCUAUUCUAGAGUGGGCCGUACUUCUCAUUGAUAAUUCUAACCGCAGUGGGUCAAUGGAAUUUGUUGUGCCACCAGCAGAUUCCUCAACAUUCUUUCCCAUUUCUGUGCGGUUUUCAGCCACUAGUACCUACAGUAAUCUGAAGGUUGCAAAUAUCAUCCCUGUGAGAGGUGGAACGCCAGCCAAGUUUUCUCAGAGAAUGCAACUGAUCACAGAAAAUUAUCAAGUAGUCUAAGUGUUGUUGUUUGUGAUGAUUAUAAAUCAGGUCACAAAUUGUCGGACACAGAAGUUUGUUUCCUGUUUUAUAGAAAUAUGAUUACUGUGUCAAGUCUUUUUUUUUUUUUUUCCUUUUUUGUAAUUACAUUGUUAUACUCUUGUUCUCAAAAUUUUGAAUCUCCGACAUGUUCCUUGUUGUA